AUGCCCCUGGUCACUCAAAAGAUCUGGAGGACAUUCUGGAAGAAAACUAUCUUUUCAUCAAGGUGCAGUAUCUGCCAGCAAACACCACUGCCAUCCUUCAGCCAAUGGAUCAGCAAGUCAUUGCCAACUUCAAAAAAACUGAACACCAGAGCUCUCUUCAUGAAGGUGUUUGAAGAAUGUCAGCUUUGUGGAGACAUGACCGUCCAAAAGUUCUGGGAAGAGAAGUUUGAUGUUCUUGUGGCAAUCAGACUCAUCCAGAAGGCCUGGGGAGAAGUCAUGCAGAAGACCCGCAAUUCAGCCUGGAAGAGGCUUGUUCUUGAAUGGACCCAAGAAGAACCAGCUGAAGAUACAGAAGUGGUGCAGGAGAUCAUCUUGACAGCCCAAGAGUUGGAUUGGAGGUGGAGGAUGUGGAGGAGCUCAUUGAAGAAUACCAAGAAGAGCUCCAAGAACUUCUACCCCAGGAACAUGAUGAAACUCAAAGGGAAGCUUCAUCUGAUGAUGAGGAGGAGCAAUCCAAUCAACCAAUUUCAACUGCUUCCAUCAAGGACUUCCUUGUCAAAUGGGGAAUGGUUGGAGAUUGUGCCUAAAGUUUUAACAACUUUAACUUCUCGAAAUAUUGUAUCUCAAAAUAAUAUAGAUAUGACUGGUACAGAAUACAGAUCUCAUUUAAUAAAAUGCCUCUGUUUAAACAAAUGGGAACCAGAAUGUGCAGUCCAAGUGGCUUCAACAUUUAGGGAAGUAGCUUUAUCAAAUGAGGAGUUGCAAUGGCUAAUUGAAAAAUUACUGAAAGUAUUACAGGAAGUUGAAAUGCAAGAAAUUCCUACUUUAGUAUAUCAGUUACUUUUGUUAUCUAGUAAGGGAUUUCGAAAACAGUUGUUGGAGAAAAUAUUAUUUUAUUUUAAAAAUCAAGCUGAUAUUUUAAAGAAACAGAAGUUAAACAGAGAUAGAAAUAAGGAGAAUGAGUCCAUGCACAGCAAUGACACAAUUAAACAUAUUGAAGGAACUGUUAUAUUACAUAUCACAUUUGCUGCCAAGCAGGAUCAAGAAAUUGGUAAAGAAUUUGUGAAAUUAUUAAAGAAUAGUCAACAUCAACCAGAACAUUUGCUUUCUUCAUUUUGCAUUGCACUUGCUCUUUCAAUUGCAAAAAUGCAACGUUUUGAAGAACAAAUAAUAGAUGUCUUGAAACAUAUUAUAAUUUAUUACUUUCAAGAAAAUGAAAAGAAAACUCAUUCAUAUUGGAUGAGAGAAAUGUUAUCAGCAAAUUAUAAUUUGUCAGCUCUAAUUUUAGAAACAAUUAAAACCAGUAAAUUUGGUUGGGAUUAUGUCACGCAAAGUUUAGUUAAACUUGGAUUUACACUUAUGGAUUCAUUUGGUCCAAAAGGAACAUUUGGUAAAAUACCCGAUAUAGGUGUAUUUCAUACUGCAUAUACUCCAAAUGAAAAUGCAUGUUCUUUAGGAGCUGAGAUAUUGCAAGAAACAUUUAAGAUUCAUGAAACUGUUAGAGAAGAAAUUCUUCAGCAAAUUUUAAAUCGUGUAAUAACCAAAACUUCAAGACCAGUUUUUCAUUAUAUUGAUGUUAUAGCUAAAACCAUAAAGGCAGCCCCUCAACAACUAUUAGAUAUUUUAAGAAAAUUUCGGGAGAUUUUAGAUUAUGUACCAUUCCUUCCUUAUCCUUCAGCAAUUACAUUUUUAAGAGCAUUAACUCCAUUAUUAAAAAUCAGUUCUCCUUUGAAAGAUGCUCUGAUGGUUGUUUUGCGAAAAGCAUUGUUUCAUAGAGAAAUAGAUGCUCGUAAAGUUGCUAUAAGUGGUUUUUUAAUAGUUUUAAGGAAUUUCAAAUUACUUGAAGGAUCGGGAAUUCAAAACUCCUACAGUCAAUCUUCUAUAUCUCUUAGUCAAGCAGUUUUAACCAUGGAAAGAGAUAGGUGA